AUGGCGAAGAUUGGAGGAGAUCAUAUUGACGUCGACACGCAUCAGUACCCUAGUAUGCCAGCCAGCUGCUACGGCAAGGCUUCGGAAGUCCUUCCAGAAAGUAAAACUCGGCGGAUCUUCAAUUCUGACAUUGGUUCCAGCGAGAGUGGUCACGCGGAUUCGCUGAUUGUCGACAUGCCGUUGACUACGCACCUCACCUCAACAGCGCACUCUCAGCAAACACAACCUUCAAUACUGGUUCCAGCCGUGUAUACGGAUACAACACCAGAACACACACGUCCUAUUGGCGCCAUUUUUGCGAUUAUCCUCGCUGGUAUCACCGGGUUUGCAAUUUCAAUCACCCUCUUGACACGAUACCUGCAACGCGCCAGGCAGGAAAAGAACCAGAUAGAGGAAGAAGACGCGGCCCUGGAGGACGUGUUACACCUCAGUAAACUCAACGAAAGAGCAUGGAAUGUGGGGUUGAAGCGACUGCACAAGGCCUCCAUCAGGAAGUGGUCCAUCGAGGAAGCCAGUGCUCAGUUGGUGGGUGUGCUUGGACGGCCGAACUUGGAUACGAAGACACCGUGGUUGCAAGGCUGUGCGGAGCGCGAGAUGCUGGAGAAGCUAUUUGAGCAGGAGGAGAAGGUGCGUAGAGGUGAUAGGGAGAAAGCACUACCAAUGUGCCCGCAGUAAACCGAUAGC